AUUUUUAGGGCACUGCACAUUUUUUUUGUCCAAACUUAGACAGUAAAAGUGAACGAAAUAUCCUCAUCGUCCAGUUGUUAAGUUAACACCACAUACAAAAACGUUUUUCAUGUGUUUUUUUUUUCUCUCUCUCAGAUGGCAGAGCUGCAGUUUCCCUCUCACACCAGCAGGUGGCGGUAACGCGCCUACAAGCGGGCAGACCGACCGCCGGUCAGUCACAACAAGGAGAAGAAGCCGGUGGAUUCAGCCUGUUGACGAGAGCAAAGUUCGUGAGUGCGAAGUAACCUGCUUUGUUUGUUUUUGAAAAGCAUUGGCGCACAUUUGGACCUCUGCUUUCGGUUGCUGCUGUGAUAACUGCGUUGCUAUGACUCACCUGCGUGUUGUGAGAAAUCUUCGGUUAGCCUGCUAGCGUUAGCAACGGCUGGGAGAGAUCCGGAUGUCGGUGAGACGGGUUCUGGUGGACUGUGUUGUGUUGUCCGUCCAAGAUGCCCGCCUGUUCUAUCCCUGCUGCAGAGGCUGUUUGUCGAGGGUCGAUGUCGAACAGCAGGACCCGACGAGAUGCAGAUGUUCCAGGUGUGGCUACAGCUGUCUGAAGGACCAGGUUGAACACAGGUAUCGCCUCUCACUGAAGGUGGCCCGGGACAGGUGUAUAUUUGGAGUAACAGUGUUUGGAGCCUGCUUGAACCCAUUCUUUGGCAUUCAUGCAAGUGGUUUACAGAGGUUAGUGGAGGACUUGGAUGGACCAGUCGGAGCAUCAACCAGAUCCAAGUUGUUGCUGAAGUCUGUAGAGGACUGUUUCAUCGGCAGGCAUUUCAUCUUCGGUUUCAAGCUGCCGGAAACAGAAAGUCGGCCUUGGCUAAGGGAACCUGUUGGGAAUGGCUCCAGCAGCAAAGACACGCCUCACUUUAUCGCCAGUCAGAUGAUUCUCCCCAAAGCUACAGGCCUGGGGGGUUGCACAGUGGUCAGUUACUAUCAGAUCCUUCUUCAGAGAGCUGCAUCCACUGAUCCCAGUAAAACCUCUGGAUGCCCAACAACAACCCUGCUGCUGCUUCCUCAUCAGUCUCAAGCCAAAAGCUUCAACGAUGUCACACUUUGUGCAUCAGGUCUUUUUUCCCAGUCACUGCUAAGGUCACAAGACAGCACCCUUGCUCCAACACCUCCGUGGCAACAAUCACUAGGACUUGUGACUUCAUCAGCAGAGCAGGAGGAAGGAUGCUGUUCCCAGGACAGUGGCGGUGAGAACAGCCGACAGACAGACAACUUUAAAACACCACAUCGUGCACAGGCUGUCUGCCUGGAGGACCAUAAAGUUGAGGAGCAGACGGUGCCUUCACCUGUUCUGUCUUUGGAGUACAGUUCUUACAGUCAUCCAUCAUUUGCCAAAUACCUACACCAGUCCAUUGAGGAGGCUGUUGGAAAGACCCCCACCCUGAACAAAUGGUUCAGUCCCUCCCCACCUGACCACAGCAGCUCCAAGGGGAAAUGUUUUUUGACCAGUCGAAUCAACAAAACCUUUAUGCCAAGCUCUUUGGACUGGGAGGAUUUACCUUUCUCUGAAAGUCUUACUGAGUUUUUGUGUGAGCAAAACAAAGAUGUUGACAUUGUUUAUGAAACAGAGCCACAUCUAAAUGUGCAAAAUCAGAAAGAAAUGUCAAGAAACAACCCGGAAGACAAGAACUUAUCAGUUACCGCUACUCCUGUUUGUCAAACUAACAAAGAGAUAACACAUAGCAACUUACAGAUGUUACUGGAUAUCUCUAAUUCACCUGCACUGAAUGGAGGUGGCAGACAUGAUUUAUCUGAGCAGGUGUGUAAGAACCCUGUUGGAUGUACAAACAAGAGUACAGCCAUAAACAUUUGUCUCCUUGAGUGUAAUCAGGAAGAUGAGAAAGCUAGUUUUCUGUCUUUUGAAAACGAAGAAGAGCAGCUUGAAGGGGAUGCCUACGAUUGUUCGGCAGACCUCUUCAGUAGCUCGCUCAUGACCGAUAUAAACUUAAACACCACGCAAGAAGACACUGUCAGGACGACCACAGAAGUUUGUCCCAUGCGUUCAACACCGGACAAACAGAGACCAAAACGUAAUAAACGCAUUAACAGAGACAGUUUAAUUCCACUAGGCACACAAGAUCUUGACUUCGUCCCUCCCUCUCAGUCCACCCCGAUUGUUAAAGUAGCUGUUGUAUCAAGAUCACCGGCCUACUUGCACAGAACCUCGACUUUAGGUCAAGAUUCACGUGCUUUUAAUAGAAAUCAGCCUGAAUUGGACAUUAAAAGGACAGCCAAAAACACCACUCCUCUUAGUAGGUUUUACUGUGUCGGUGGUAACCAGCUAAGCCAGUGUGACAGAGAGUCUACAAAAGAAAACCAGUUGAGGAGGAGGACGACAUCGAGCAGCCACAGAUUUACACCAAAAAGGAGCUUCUGGAAACCAGACAAGCAUCAAAUCCAUCUUCUGGCUCAGCAGCACCCGCGGGUCCAGAGAGAAGCUUUAAAGACAGCCUCAACAGGAGGGAUCAUCCACAAGUGUGACUCAAGUGCUUGUGAUGUGACUGUGUGUGAGUCUGAAGACAGUGAAGAGAUUAUUGUUCCUCCCACUCCUGCUGUUACAACUCAACACAGUGUAAAGCUCAGAAGAAGAAGGCUGACUGAUGACAGUACUUUGGGUUCCAUUUGGGAGGGGCAGCAGGGAGUUGGAGUAAAAUGUAAAAGAACUCUGUUGGAUCAAAGUCUCACAUCAUCACAGGGAUUUCAUGUGCAAACAGGAGAUAGUGACAGUGUUGGAAAGACGGGUCUGGAUGCAUCAAAUCGUUACCCCCUCGAUGACGAGAAUGAGGCUUGUGAUUGGUCCAGAGAUCUGUUCUCUGACUCUCUUGUCUGACAAGUUCUGUUGCAGAUGGACUUUAAUUGUUCCAAAGGGUUUUUUCCUGAAUGCAUUCCACACUGACAGAACAAGUUCGAGCUACCUUUGUUUUGUAAAGACACGUGUCACAUUUACAUUCUUUGCUAUCGAGCAUCGGUCGAGACCUGCCCAUUGACUGUAACCCUGGCAACAACUGUCACUCUGAAAACAUACAUUGUCACUCUUAACAUCCAUUUUAAAAACACCAACAACAGGAAGUGGUACACAAGUUCGGAACUUUAAUCUUAGAUUUUGGGUUCCUUUUUUCACAACUUUCAGAAAAGAAUGAAUUAGAAAUAAAGCAAUUUGCUUCACUACCCUUUUAUAUAUGUCAUAUAUAUUUUGUACAUAUCUUUUCCUUUCGGCAUAUUUACUUGUAAAAAAUAAGUUAAGACAACAAUAACAAAGUAAUGACUAUACAUCCAGGCAUGCAGUUAUAAUUCCAAAAAUGACAAAAAUGUUAACAUGUACAGUAUAGUGACUCAGUGUACAGGACUGUGAGUUUUAGUUACGCCUCUCUAAAAACCAAAAACAGCACACAUAGGUAGGCUUUCAGCUGCACUGAAUGAUUGAUUAUUUAUUUAUUUUUGGUUGUUGUAUGGCUUUAUUGAUAAGACAGCUUCAGAGUUGACAGGGUUAGGCCAGGACUCAAACCCAGAUCUGCUGCAGCAAGGACAAAGCCUCUGUACAUGGGAUGCCUGCUCCACCAGCCAGGCUAAUGGUCUCCCCAUUAACAAUUCAUUUUACCGUUUUUUUAUCAGAAUUGUUGUCAUUUUGACAAGUGGAUGCCAGAAAUUGACAAAAACUGUAAAUAGUAACUCAAACUGUGUUGUGAAGGCUUUUUGCUGCAACUGUCAUUGUCUCUUACCCUGACUGCUCUCCAGUGAUUCUGCUGUAAUAUAACUUUGUGUAUGACUGCAUAUUGCCGCUACAUCCAAGGACCAAAUUAAAAUAUCAAAUUCU